GCUUGGAGCUUCUACAGAAUGAAAUCUGUCGAUGUCGACCAUGGUACACAUCCAACUGAACACACCAGGAGAUCAAUCUCCAGGGUGGCAUUGGGCUGUGCCUUGCCCUUUCUCACAAAUAUCCGGGGAGAUGGCUAGGUAUUUGUAGCAUCCCCUGAGUCAAGACGGCUCUCAAACCGAUACCCCUCUUUCUCACCCCGGAUCGGAUGCAAGGGUAUUCGAACACUUUGGAUCCUGACAGACUCUGUUAGCAGCAGGCGAUCCGAGCCGCAGAACUUUGAUAUCAUAUCUACCUAGUUUGAGAUAACUUGCUGGAUGAACAAUGGAGAACAAUGAACAAGCCACAAGCCCCGAGGGAGCGUCAAGGGUGUCAACACGAGACACAUCUCGUGUGCUCUCCAGAGACUACGCUGAGCAGGACCUGUCGAGGUCACCGUCCCAGCAUCAGUCUCGUGCGAGGUACACCGAAUUCAAUUUUGGCCCUGCGACACUGCGUCAUCGCAUCAGCAGCCUAGGAACGAGUCCGAAUCCAAGCCCUGCCCCAGCACGGGCUUGGGGGAGAGAUUAUGCCGAUUCCAGCAGAAGAUCUGUUGCCAUUGCUGCGCCUUCAACACGGGGGGAUGCCACUGAUACUGCAUCCCGCAAAUUCUCGCUGGCAGGCCCACCAGCCUUGGAUACUUUGGCCGCCAACCAGCCAUACAUUGAUCCGGGAUAUACACAACUUAAUCCUGCCUAUGACCAGCCAGUGAAUGUCCGGCCAGUAUGGGGGCUGGCCAAACCUUUGCCUCGUGUGCUGAGACCUGGCAUGGUUCCAGCGAAGGACGAGCUUGAACAAGAAGUCCAAGAAGAAGAAAGAGAGGUCUCUCAGCCACUGAUGGCAGAUGUUGAAGCUGGCAGAAUCGAACCCUCUCUUAGGCUGGACAAGGUAUCCUCCCAGCUGGACAGCAUCCGACGGGAGAGGGAAAUAUCUUUAUACCGGUCCUACCAAAACCAGUACCAAGAGUCGCCGGCGUUUUCGCCCUUUGGUGUCGGUCGAAGAACUUCAGACGCACCAACUGAAACAUUCCACACUCGGAUUCGACCAGAAGAUACGAUCGAGGAAGAAGUAGGCUCCGAUUCACAGCAGGCAGAACAACUCGAGCCGCCGGAGCUGUCAUUGCCCGAAGCAGUGGCAAAUGUGAAACAAGCAAAGGAGGAAGAGGAAAUACAAGACCUGCCCUACCAAGAUGCAGUUCCUCUGGCCACUUACCAGGCCGAAGACGAAGAGGUCCACAACCUGCAUACGUAUUGGUCGAUUAUCCGCCUGCGCUUUCGUGAGCCGUUGGCCGAGCUCCUAGCAAUCAUGGUUCAGUACACGCUCGGGUUCAGCGCCAACCUGUCAAUGACUGUCUCGCGUGGCACAGCUGGGGCCAACGAUACAGGAACCUGGGCAUGGGGUCUUGCGACUAUGAUCGCCAUCUAUAUCGCUGGCGGGAUAUCCGGCGCUCACCUGAACCCGGCAAUAUCCCUCAUGCUCUACAUCUAUCGGGGAUUCCCCUUGCGCAAAAUGCCUGCCUAUGUCGCCGCACAAAUGCUGGGUGCUUUCCUUGCAGCUUUGAUUGCCUUCAGUAUCUUCCGACCCGGCCUCAACGCUCUAGAGCUAAGUUUGGCCCAAGAGCAAAAACAUCUGCUGCUGGAAUCGACGUCGACUGAAAGCUUGGCUUCAGCUUCAGCUUCAGCUUUACCACAUGCCUCGUCCGCAUCAACGGUGGUAUUAUCGAAUUUCCUCACCUUCCCACGCGCCAUUUGGGUCGAUAGCGGGACAGCAUACCUUGCCGAACUCAUGGGGACGGCUAUCCUGACUGUCUCGGUGCUUGCUCUGGGCGAUGACACCAAUGCUCCUCCUGGGGCUGGAAUGAAUGCCUUCAUAGUCGGCCUCUUGGUUACCGUCCUCGGCAUGGCAUUCGGCUACAUCACCGGUCUGGCCAUGAACCCAGCCCGCGACUUCGGUCCCCGCCUCGCCAUGCUCGUCCUCGGCUACGGCAACCUCAAAACUCUCUUCGCAGACGGCUACUGGCUCAAGGUGGCAUGGUUAGGGCCCAUUACCGGUGCAAUUUUGGGGGGUUUCCUUUACGACGCGGCAAUCUUCGUUGGCGGCGAAAGUCCCGUGAACUAUCCCACGAGACGGAUUCGACGAGCUGCGCGGAAGUGGAGGAAGCGUUGGAAGGCGAGGAUGAACUUUAGACGUACAAAACGGUGAAGUUUGUACGAGGAGGAGUGGAACUUUGUGAACCGGAUUUACAUUGAGAUAAGGGUCCAUUCGUUGACGAACAGACAUGCUGAAGAAUGUAUAAUCUGGUGCUGUUGUUAUUACUCGGGAAAAGAUGUUGUAGGCGUCAAAACGGUACUGGAGUUUGGAGGCUGUUAUGUCCCAAUCCCG